UCCCACUUCAAAAGUUUAAUUUGUCUGUUCCUGAUUUUUGUAAAAAUGCAACACUAGUGGGUAGCUCUCAUGGCUUGUUUUGAUUUGGAAUCCUAUGCUAAGGAAAACGAUCCUUACGGUUUCACCUGAUGAGUUAAGCAAACUGCAUUGGAUUAAUGUCGGUUUUGGCGUUUGUCCUAACACUCUUGACCCUAAGAUUGUCAAGAUUACUAGAAAUACAAACCAAGUUGAGGUAUUUACUUUGAGUUUACGGGCUUGGAGAAGUCCACUAAGCAACACUUGUCCUCGUGAAUCGAUUUCAUUCGGAUCUCAGGUAGUUGUUGACGGGUUUAUUUAUUGGGAUGCCUCUGAUAGGAUCGAAGUGGGUGGUUUAUGUAGGUAUGACAUUCUCAUUAUGUCAUUUGAUCUGACAAGUGAAGAAUUCACAGAACUAUACCACCCUAAUUCCUGUGAUCAUGAUUUGUUAUCUAAUCUAAGGGAGUCUCUUGGUGUUGUUGAAUUCAUUCGUACAACACACAUAAAUUAUUUUAACAUAUGGAUAAUGAAAGGGUGUGGCUGUACAAGAUCCUUUGAAAAGCUUUACAGCAUUAGCACAUUUGAUGUAUCAAUAGAAAAGACACUGGGGUUCAGAAGGAGUGGUGCACCCGUAAUUGAAAUAGAGAAUGACUCCGGAGAAUCAACUGCUACGCUUGCUGUUUAUGACCCCAAAUCAAAGGACAUCACUGAAGUUUGGAGCAGUGGAAUGUUGGGUUCAUUCUGUGUGCAUUCUUAUAUGGAAACACUUCUUUUGCUUGAUUAUUGAGAUCAUAGUAUUUGCUUUGCGAAUAAUUGAGGGCAAAGAUAUCAGCAACAUUGCAAUGUGUGGAUUCAAGUACAUGUUCAUUGCAGAUUAAAUCAAUUUAGUAAAAUGUUAAACUUGUUGCG